AUGGCCAGCGAUGGAAAUGAAAUCGGGUCAUCAGUCAGUGGUACCAUCCCAAUGAAGCAAAUCAUGGAAAGAGCAGUCACCAACUUUUUGCAGGCCUUGCAAACCAGCAUAACCAAUGGGACAUCAAAGAGACGAGAAAAACCAACUACGAUUAAGCAAUUUCAGGAUCUGAAACCCACCACGUUUAUCGGUGGUCCAAACCCACUAGUGACGGAAGCUUAUGUUAGGGACAUGGAGAAAAUCUUUCGCGCACUACCUUGCACAGAGAGACAGAAGGUAGCCUUCGCCACAUUCACCUUCAAAGACGAUGCACAAGAAUGGUGGCUUCUUAUCUUGGAGAAAGAAUAUAUUGUUACUUGGGUAAGAUUCUUGGAGGUAUUCUAUGCAAAAUACUUCCCAGAUUCGCUACGGGAACAAAAGGCGGCCGAAUUCACACAUCUAAGGCAAGAAACCAUGACGGUGGCUGAAUACGAGAGCAAGUUCACACAACUGGCUCGAUUUGCGACAUACGUCAUCCCCACCGAAGCUCGAAAAGCCAGGAAAUUCGAAGCAGGAUUGGAUGCUGAAAUCAAGGACAUGUUGGAGGUUUUGAAACUACCAACCUAUGCAAAGGUGGUGGAUCGAACAUACAUUGCGGAAAAGGGGAUUAAAGGCUUGCGCUCUGGGAAACCAAGCCAAAGGAAGCGAUUUUGGGGAAGAGAUAACAGAAGACCCGGUGUCACGCCUCCCAAGAGGGUAAAUACGGGCACAACUAAUUCAAUUAGUUCAAGCAAUCAAGGUCCUACAAAUCCCAAAGGUGGCACCAUUCCAACUUGUUCUACUUAUGGAAGGAUUCAUUGGGGACAAUGCCGUCGAGACAUGGGAGCAUGCUUUAGAUGUGGCCAAGUUGGCCACUUGCUGAGAGAUUGUCCAAAGCUUACCAGUCCUACAAACUUGACAUACCGUAGUUUUCGAAGUGGUGUGAGCAUUUGGCUCGCAUUUGGCUUUCGGUUUCUUAUGUUGCUUCUUCGACACAAUAGUUUCUCCAUAAGACUCUUACGAGAGGUAUUGUCUUGUUUCGAAGGACCUAAACACGGCGAUCAAGAAUCUGUAUAG